AUGCCUGGAACUUUGCUAAGCCCAGCAAAACUUGGCAUAGCUGUGGGUCUGGCCGGUGCCGCAUUUCUGGGCUAUUGUGUGUAUUUCGAUAACAAGCGUCGCAGUCAUCCAGAGUUUAGAAAGCAACUUAUCGAACGUCGGCGUCGCCGUAAUAAUAAAUCAGCCGAAUCCCCAGAUGAUGUGCCCAUACUAUCCGACCAAAAGUCAAUCGCACAAUAUUUUAUGCAGGAAAUCAAAAAGGGUGAACUGCUGCUAAGCCAGGGCGACCUCGAAGGCAGCGCCGAGCACUUUAUGAAUGCCAUUACUGUUUGUAACGCGCCAGGCAAACUGCUCAGCAUGCUGCAGACGUCGCUGCCAGUGCAGGCUUUCGAUUUACUUCUGAACAAGCUCAACAAGCUCAACAGCUACCAUAUGCAGACACAAAGGAUGCCAAACGCGUUAGAUGGCAUGGUAGUAGACGAUGGUAGCGUGGAGUAA